GGCCCCGGCGCACAGGGCGCGGGGAGGUCGCAGCAACGGGAGGGCCAGCGCGGCCCAGGCCUCCCGGGACCAGGGUCCGAGGCGCUGCAUGGCGAGGGUUGGGGGCUUCUCUUCCUGGGGUUCGUGCGGCCCCGCAGAGGACCGUACAAGGGGGUAGGGGGAGGGACGACUGGGGCAAGAGAGCGCCUGGGCUGGUGACAAGGUAGGGAGGGGGAAACUGAGGCAAAGAGUGCCAGGGAAAAGUGAAGUGACGCUCCCACGCAUCAAACUCGCCAAGGGGCAGGAUGCCAGGGAAGAACGUCUCCUGAGGUCAGGACGCAGCUGCUCUAGCCUCCAGGCUUCCGCUCUUCCGGUUUAGGCGCGAGCCGGCCGGAAGCUCUCUCUGGGCGCGCGGUCCGCCGGCAGAGCUCGGUGGCCGGAAGUAGUCCGUGACAGCGGCGGCGGUUUCGAGGAUGGCGGAUCGAGCGGCGCUGGAGGAGGCCGUGAGGCUCCAGGGCGAGCGGGUGCGGGGUCUCAAGCAGCAGAAGGCGGGCGCCGAGCUGAUCGAGGAGGAGGUUUCGAAGCUCCUGAAGCUGAAGGCAGAGCUGGGCCCUGAUGAAGGAAAACAGAAGUUUGUGCUUAAAACUCCAAAGGGCACUAGGGAUUACAGCCCUAGGCAGAUGGCUGUUCGGGAGAAGGUUUUUGAUGUGAUCAUCAGCUGCUUCAAGCGCCAUGGUGCAGAAGUAAUAGAUACGCCUGUGUUCGAAUUGAAGGAAACACUGACUGGAAAGUAUGGGGAGGACUCUAAGCUUAUCUAUGACCUAAAGGAUCAGGGUGGUGAGCUGUUGGCCCUUCGUUACGAUCUCACUGUUCCUUUCGCUCGAUACCUGGCAAUGAAUAAACUGACCAACAUUAAACGCUACCACAUUGCAAAGGUGUACCGUCGAGAUAACCCUGCAAUGACUCGUGGUCGUUACCGGGAGUUCUACCAGUGUGAUUUUGACAUCGCUGGGCAGUUUGACCCCAUGAUCCCUGAUGCAGAAUGUCUCAAGAUCAUCUGUGAGAUCCUGAGCGCACUUCAGUUGGGGGACUUCCUUAUCAAGGUGAAUGACCGGCGAAUUCUGGAUGGAAUGUUCAACAUCUGUGGUGUUCCUGACAGCAAGUUCCGCACAAUUUGCUCUUCAGUGGAUAAGCUAGACAAGAUGUCAUGGGAAGAUGUGAAGAAUGAAAUGGUGGAAGAGAAAGGCCUGGCCCAUGAGGUGGCAGAUCAUAUUGGAGCUUAUGUAAAACAGCAAGGUGGAGUGUCCCUAGUAGAGCAACUACUGCAGGAUCCCAAACUCUCACAGAACAAGCAGGCCCUGGAGGGAUUGAGGGACCUGAAACUGCUGUUUGAGUAUCUGACCCUGUUUGGAAUUACAGAGAAGAUCUCCUUUGACCUGAGCCUGGCCCGAGGCCUGGACUACUACACAGGCGUGAUCUAUGAAGCAGUGCUUCUUCAGACCCCAGCCCGACAGGGGGAGGAACCACUUGGUGUGGGCAGUGUGGCUGCUGGAGGGCGCUAUGAUGGGCUUGUUGGCAUGUUUGACCCCAAGGGCCGCAAGGUGCCAUGUGUGGGGCUCAGCAUUGGGGUCGAAAGGAUCUUCUCCAUUGUGGAACAGAAGAUGGAGGCUUCUGAAGAAAAAGUUCGGACAACAGAGACCCAGGUGCUUGUGGCUGCAGCCCAAAAGAAGCUCUUGGAGGAAAGGUUGAAGCUUGUUGCAGAACUAUGGGACAGGGGCAUUAAGGCUGAACUACUGUACAAGAAGAACCCCAAGCUACUGACCCAGUUGCAGUACUGUGAGGAGACUGGUAUUCCACUGGUGGCCAUCAUUGGGGAGCAGGAGCUGAAGGAUGGGGUUGUCAAGCUUCGCUCUGUGGCCAGCAGAGAAGAGGUGGACGUUCGGAAAGAAAACCUUGUGGAAGAGAUCAGGAGACGAACAAGCCAACAUCCCCUCAGUCUGCUGAACUGAAGGCAGUCUGUGGGUAGAAAUUGCACUACUUGGAGGCUGUGCACAUUCUGCUUCAUCAGGAAGAGUUAGAGGGAGGGCAAAGCCGAGAUAGUAUUUUAUUGUAAAAGCACUGGGGAGGGUAGCAGGAGCCACUUUCUCAGAGGCUGUUUUCUGGAGCUGCUCAGGACAUGGAUAUGGACAGAAGCUGCCCUGGGCGUUGCCCCAGGCAUUAUGUAUGUAGACUUGUGUCCCUGUGUUUGUGGCAGAAAAGCCACGAUGAUGCUGACAUUCGCCACUGACUUUUGUGAAGCUGAUUGCCUGUGGGUCCAAUAAAAUGCCUAACGUGUCUGUGUU